AUGCUGGUAGGUUUGUCGAUUUUCGGGGUUUCUAAAUUCUGUAGCCUGCUCGAAUAAUCCUUCUCAAAGAGGGAACUGACACUUCCCAAGGUGUUCCGCAAAUUAUAAGCAACAUUAACGCCUGUCAAGCUGUUGCUGAUGCCGUUCGCACUACCCUCGGUCCUCGUGGAAUGGAUAAGCUUAUGCUGGACAACAACGGCAAGGCGACUAUUUCCAAUGAUGGGGCUACGAUUUUAAAGAUGCUGGAUAUCGUCCAUCCGGCUGCUAAGUCCUUGGUGGAUAUUUCACGAUCUCAGGACGCGGAAGUUGGUGAUGGAACAACGAGUGUUACCCUCCUAGCGUCCGAAUUUUUACGGCAGAUUAAACCGUUUAUAGAAGAAAACGUUCAUCCGGCCGUCAUUAUACGAGCUUUCCGCGAAGGAGCUAGAGUUGCCCUGGCGAAGCUGAACGAACUAGCUUGUCGCAUUCAGGAGAAUAACCCGUCGUAAGUUAGUUCUUCAUCUGAAUUCAAAUCAUUUAAUAGAGAGCAGCGGAAAAUGUUAGAAAUGUGUGCUGCCACUGCUCUAAGCUCAAAGAUGGUCGCAGGACACAAGGGAUUCUUCUCGAAGUUAGUGGUGGACGCCGUCAAGAGUCUCGACCAGUCUCUUUCCCUGAAAAUGAUUGGCAUCAAGAAGGCUUGCUCAUUCCUUUCUAAAUCAUGCUUUACCUCUAGGUAGCAGGCGGCGCUUUGGAAGAUUCAAUGCUUGUGAAUGGUGUCGCGUUUAAGAAGACCUUCAGCUAUGCCGGUUUCGAGAUGCAGCCGAAGUCGUACAAGAAGCCGCUUAUCGCUCUACUCAACAUCGAACUGGAGCUAAAAGCCGAAAAAGAAAAUGCAGAGGUCAGGCUUAAUACCGUAGAGGUAAGUCGAUGGUCCUUCUGAGAUACUCGUAGGAGUACCAAAAGGUAGUUGAUGCAGAGUGGAGUGUCCUCUACGAAAAGUUGAACAUGUUGCACAAGGCUGGCGUGAAGAUUGUUUUGUCAAAGUUGCCAAUCGGUGAUGUCGCCACGCAAUAUUUCGCUGAUAGGGAUAUGUUCUGCGCUGGUCGUGUGCCCGAGGAAGAUCUGAAAAGAACUCAAAUGGCUUGUGGUGGCAGCAUCCAGACGACCGUGCACGGUCUAACGAAGGACAUGCUUGGACAAUGUGAUGACUUCCAGGAGAUACAAAUAGGCUCCGAAAGGUAUUUUAUAUAAAAUAUUCCUCAUUAGUAUUACUUUUUAGAUUUAACAUAUUUAGGGGUGGCUUGCAGGCCCAAACUUGCACAAUUAUUCUUCGGGGUGGUGCUGAACAGUUUAUGGAAGAAACGGAACGAUCGCUCCAUGAUGCGAUAAUGAUUGUCCGUCGGGCUAUCAAGAAUGAUGCGUUUGUUGCUGGUGGCGGAGCCAUCGACAUCGAACUUAGUAAACAUUUGCGUGAGUAUGCACGCAGUAUACCUGGGAAGGACCAGUUGUUCAUCACUGCCAUGGCCAGAGCAUUUGAAGUCAUUCCCCGCCAGUUGUGUGAAAACGCUGGAUUCGACCCUACAAAUGUUCUCAAUAAAUUGAGGCAGGCGCAUGCUAAAGGCAAGUGCUUGCAUUUCACAUUUUUCACUCGCUCCGAUGAUGCACUUACUGAGGUGGAUUAUGUUAUAAAGCUUAGUUUAGUUUUUCACCCGGGGUCUCCAUUCUGAUGUGUUAGGAAGCAUACAUCAGCACACGCAAGAUCUUGCCCUCUAUGCUCCAGGAUGCUGUCAGCGGACGAUGUGACUGCCUUGCCUCGGUCUCAGGGCCGGCUUUCAGUGGAUUCUGCCUAAUGUUGCUUUGUGGUGACUCGCAGGUGGGCAAUUCCCGUCUGUGAGUUCUGGUUUUUGCGCGUACGGGAACCGGCACAUCUGUAGCAUACGUUGGCGGAUGACUUAUGCCGAACGAGCCGCUGCGCCCACGCCCAUCUCUAGUCCCGAUUUUCUCUUGGCAUCUGAACUGGGUGUUAUGGAAGACGUGAAAGUUUGCUGUGUUGAAUGCGUACGUUCCACUGAUUAUAAUCUAGCCUAAGCGUGGGUCAUUACUGUCCUCCAGAACAGCGGUGUUCAUGGCGAUUAUUGCAGUCCAACUGUCAUUUCCAUAACUCAUUUUGCCGUCGUCAAGGUCAGGUCUUGGUUCAUCGACCAUCUCUACCAAGUCAUAUAUGCACAAUUAUCCAAGGUCGCAAAUUUGUUUCCCACUUCGUUUUGUCAUGUGUACAUGAAUAAUCAUUUGUGGGCGUUGCUUACAGUGACAAGUUCACGGUUGCCAUCCCAUUGUCCCGGCCCUAAAACAGUUCUUCGAUCCAUCGGCAAAGAUUACGUCGAGGCGCUCGUGAAGUCGCCGGUCGCCGCGUAGGCACUUAUAUAUCCGGCAGCAUUGUCGUUUUUCAAGCAAUGGCCCGUCGUACAGUAACCACGCCGCCGUGUAGCAGUAUUGUAAUUUUCACAUUAGGCCGUUUUUGCGUACUACUGAUGUAGGUGCUAUGCAAGAGCCUAGGCAUUUAUUCCAGGAAUAUUUUGCACGAGAUCACCUGUUCUAGACUAACAAUUUAAACUGGCAUGUCUUACGGUAGUUUUUCGGCAGAAAUCUGGUCGCUUACGGCAAGCACUAUUCCACUGUAUCGUCAUCUGAUUUCUACGACCAUAUUUGUGCCAGAUAGAGUGCGUACUCGUACCUAAGUUACAAAAACAAUUUUUCUUGCGACCUUAGUCUUGCACUGCUUUAGUCUCACGAAAUCCUUCCCUUCCAAACUUAACAUGUUUCAUACUAAGCCUUCCUUGCCGUGUUUAUGGCAAGUCAGGAUGUGGCUCUAUGUUUCAAAUCCUGGCCCCUGGGUUUCAGUUACUAAGACGUGCUGUGGAAUCCACACGUUUUUGCUCUAAUUUAAGUCUAACAUGUUGUUGCCUACUGCGAUUAUUUCAUGCCAACGCAAACCUCGCUGAGUUUCAAUCAGUAUACGUAGGGGCUUAUGAUUUGUUAUUUACCGGUUUUGCCUGGGGUUCAUUGCAAACUCAUCGAUCCCAAGAAUAAAAGAUCUAGUCUGCAGCCGCGUCGCUUUCAGAGAUACGCUAAAGUAAUUGGCAUGUGGUGGCAUGUAGACGAGCAUUCGAAGAUGUGCUAGACUUGCCAGACUACACCGGUUUGUCGACUAUGUGUAUUUACACAUAGUAGGUUUAGAGGACGAAGAUGCGAUCACUGAUCGCAUCUUCGUCCUCUAAACUGCUACCUGGAACUCGCCUGUUCGCUUCUAUCAACAUAGCAGGUUUGUCUAGCGUGUAGCGAAUAUAGUUUUUAACUAAACAUUGUCCCAAGACUCACUAAACCAACCAUAUAUGUGCGUAUCUUUUCCUUUGUGGAGUUCAGUUCUAUAAUAUCGCAAGGCAUUUCCUCCAUACGAGUAUUUAUAAUUAUUCAGAGGCGAGGGUUGUCACAGCCUUUCAACUUCUCUACCCUAACAAGCGGAAACGGCCAGUUUCAUCCUUGUCCCUAGUGCAAUUCCAACUGGCGUCUUAAAUAAGUCAGUGAGCUUUCUUUGAUCCACAUUCUGGUUUCUGAGGCUGCGAACAACCGCAACUGUCAUACCAACAAAUUUUCUUAGCGCUUAGUUUGUCUGCUUACCCUUACUCUGUGGUGUAACUAAUAGAGUUUAUUAUUCAUUUCUAGGGGAUGUUUGGGCCGGUGUCGAUAUACAGAACGAGGAUAUCGCUAACAACUUUGAGAAGUUUGUUUGGGAACCCGCGCUUGUGAAGGGCAAUGCAAUUAUCGCGGCGACAGAGGCUGCUUGCUUGAUUUUAAGUGUUGACGAGACCAUUAAGAAUCCCGAGUCUAAGAACCCCAACGAAGAGGAACCUGUGGGACGCAGAAUGCCACAGCAAUGUAUGUAGUGGUGCAUACUUCUUGUUACCAAUGGCAAUGUUUGUCAGUCGUGCAUUUUCGACCUUUCCUGGUUUCUUAUGAAAAGAGUUCGACCCACGCCUUUUUUCUUUGUUGCUUUCCUAGCCGCUACGGAACUUAGGUGGGACAAGAAAAAGUCUCUUUGCAGAGGAAGACCAUUUAGCCCUUGGAAAGUUGUCUCGACAAUCAUCCUCUUUUUUGCGUUCAAGUGGGGAAGACGGAUGCACAUAUUGACCUAGCCGUUGGCUGUCCGUCAGUGAAGGUUAACUGCGAAACAAUCCGACUCUUAUGGCUGACAAAUUGACAGUUAGACCGUCGGCUCCGGCGAUGUCCACCGUGUGCUCCACAGCAAGGUGAAGCAGGUACGGUGAUCUGCGCGUGGAUUAGUUUAUAGUGAGAGUGGACUUGCGCAGCAUUCGCCGCACUCCUUCCCUGAUUGGAUCCGGUGUCAAGACAGUCAAGAAAACCAGAGGCGGGAGAGGGCUUAGGUGGCUGGCACGGCUUAAAACCGCACCUUGGCAUACCACAGCACCCCAUGGUGCGCAACAAACACUUGGCGAAGAUUUUAACUAGCAACAACAAAAUAAGGUGUCAGAUAAAGGAGGAUGACCGGGAAACGAUGUAAACGACCUGUAUGCCCGGCGGGAGUGCGAAGAGGGAACCAGUCGCCAGAGAAUGCCAGCGCACACCAUUCUGCAACGGCCACGGUUUGCGGAAUUAUGGCCUAGCAGACAAUCCUUGAGGCCGAGAUUGGCGGCACACUGUCUUGCACUUAGCCUAGACCAUCACCCUUCAAAAACUGGGUAACCAGUAACUCAUCGACUGACUGACAUUCCUCGUGCGUAAGAGUGCCAGAGGUCAUGUUAAGAAGGAAUCGUUGCAGCCUGACUCAGUCCGUCACUCUACACAAAUACAACUUGGCUGACUGGAUGGACUGAGUUUAGGCGUCAGUCGUCAGCCUUCCGAGUCGUGGCGCACCGUGGUAGUCUCAGGCUUGGAUCACACACACAGAAGGAGCAGAAGGGCACACUUCCCACUUAAGUGAUAGGUGGAAAUGGAGUGCUUUGCGUUGUGUGGCGCAGGGGCUGGUGGGGGAGGGUGUGAUGGUGUGGUAUAACCGGCGGUUGUCUACCACCAGUUUUCCUGAAAACUCAGGUGACCUUGUAGGCCCUUGCGGUGAGUAAAUCUGCGGGAGCAGUGUGGACAGCGGAGGCGGGAAUGCAUCAGGUGGUGUUGUCAGGGUGCUGCAGUUGGUUCGAAGACGUUUGACUAGGUCGACUUGUGCCCGGAACGUUCGCUGACACCGAGGGCGUGCUGGGGGGCGGUUGGAUGUUCGCAUUGUGGGGCAGGGCAGUUUGAAUUUCCGAGUUUCGCGUUUGGCUUUGGCAACACUACCGUGGUUGUUUUCGUAGAUCGCCGCUCCCAUCUUCAUUAUUCGCCUCCGUGCCGGUCGAUUCCGAGCGAGGUCUUCCCAGUUUGCCGAUUCGAUCGGCAGACGCCUCAUGGAGCUCUUCAGAGUGUCCUUGUACCGUCAUCUUGGUCCUCCCGUUUGGCGAGCAUUCGUGAGGCAUCUCCGUAGAAGAGUUGUUCUGGUAGGCAAGCGUCCAGAUCUCCGCUCCGUAUGUGAGUGUCGUCAGGACGGCGGCCUUAUACGUCUUCAGGUUAAUGCUAAGUUGAGGGCCGCGACGAUUCCACACGGAGGCUUGCAGCCGGCUUAUGGCUCGCCAGGCUUUGGAGAGCCGUCAGGUCACUUCAUUGUCGAUGUUUACGUUACGCUAGUGCACCAUCUACAUGGGCGAAGUUGUCCACGGAUUGAAAUCGGUUGCCGUUGACAGUGAUCUGUGAGACGUAUUCGGCAUUUGUUGACGGUUGGUGCAUGACCACCUCAUUGUCCUUGUUGAUUGUCGGACCAAAGCUGCCGCAGGCGACAACAAAGAGGUCCAUGCUCCUUUGCACGUUCCCUUCUGUGGUGGCGUUGAGAGGACAAUCGUUUGCGAAGAGGGUCUCGUGGAUACACGCGACUGGAAGUGCAUACGUCGAUUGAGGAGUUUGUCGUCCUGCACGCGACGCGGAUUUCAGGACGUUCGUUACUGUAGGCGUCAAGUGGCAUAGCAGAUAACAUGGGACUGUAGAGAGUAGGCGCGAGGACGCAGCCCUGCUUCACACAGUUGGUGACUGCGAAUGCCUCUGAGACGCCUCCGUUGUCCGUGGCACGCGCCACCAUGUCAUUGGGGAGCUAACGGACCACUUGAGGGAAUCGCUCGGGAAAGCCGAGUUUUCGCGUGAUUUCCCCCAGCCCUUUGCGAUUAGCCGUGUUAAAGGCUUCUCUCGGAUCCACAAAGGUAGCUUGGAGGUGGGUCGGCAUCUUGUGACACUUCUGCAGCUGGCGGACGGCGAAUAUCAUGACUGACAAAUAAGCCCUCACUGAAUAGCAUUGACAGUGAUACCAGGGGUGGUGGGUUGAGGCCUGGAAUGCCGACUGCUUUGUUCCGCAAAAAUCGAUAAAGGCAUUGUGACGUGGCGACCGUGGGCCGCCGUUAUAUACGUUCCAUUGCCAUAGCUGCCUUACGGUUGGGUUAUUAAGUUGAAUCGCCCGAGGAUACAAAUCGAGACAAACAAUCUGAGGAUGUCGAUGCCCUAUAUGCACACGAAGUGAUUAGGGAAUCUCGGAAGUGUCUUUUUAAAUUGUUGCAAUGUAAACUGGGGUUUUGGCGAGGGUCGACCACUACUCUGACUCAUUGGUGUCCCAAAUGGUGUGCUAGCUGGGCUCAGUCGUGGACGGCCCCCUGCUGUCGGGUACUGAGGUCCACCAACGUUUCUGAACAGUAGAACAUGGGUCUCUGUUGCCCGUCGGAAUCCCCGACUCGACUAGGAAACUUAAGGUCGACUCCCAUCUCACCCUGUAUCUCGGCGGCUCGCACGACUAGUGGACACUAACGUGAAUCACAGGAAACGAACCGCGAACUGUUUGCGUGGAAAGUAUUUGACACUUGGCUGACUUUUGUAUCACUGAAGGGCGACUUGCCGUUUCUGUAGUCGUCACCUACACCAACAUCAGCCGCAAAUCAGUGCCAUCUAUAAACCUUUAAUUACAGUCGCGCAAACUCGCCAGAGGUCUCGGUGAUCCGCCGAUUGCUGCCGGGGUCUGAAAUAGCUGGACUGAGCCAGACAUAUCCUGGAAGUCGCCCAAUUGGCUGCGUCGGGCUUUUUUAUCGAUGCAGCAGAAGACACUGUUUAACCUUGCCGCGCAGAACCGAGUGGUCGUCUCAGCAACACGUGCCUCCAGUACCGUCACAAGCAUCUGUCAAUCUAACCUUCAAGCAGUGACCGUAUGACAGUAAGGUCGAUUAUCUUCUGGCCAGUCUCACAGUUGCGUUUAUUGUAGGGGGUCGAUACGGCUUACCCAAGAGAAAUGGGGCUCAGUGAUACUUGUGCCUGUUUUCAAGGAGAGCCUUAAAACAAGGUAUGAAAGAUACUGCGGCAUAACCCUAAUUAGUGAUGCUGCGAAGGUCUUCGUCCUCUCCAUUCUACGACAACUUUUGUGUGCGAAACUCAACUGUGAGACCCAACCAAGCUGGUAUCGAGAUGGACAUGUGUGCACUGACCAAAUACUGACAAGGCGACGCAUUCUUGAACUCCAUCGGCCGUCUACUUUAUUGGCUCCACCGUAGCGUUCGAUUGUGUACAUUGCGUCUCCUGGGGCGGGUAGUGAAGCUAGCCAGAAAUCCUCGUCCUGAACAGGACCCACAAUUGGUCCACCAGUGCGUGAGUUCUGGUCCACGGUAACCUUUCCCGGUCGUCCGGUCAUCGAUUUGGUGUUCAAUGUAUUCUGCCGCCUUUGCCGUUCAGUUACACCAUUAACUGGGUUCUCGGACGGACCGCGCAUGGUUUUACGGUGUUUACAUUUCAUCCCGACUUCGACUGACUGAUCUUGACUACGUUGGCGUCAUCCUGCAAGCCCGGGAUGGCUUGUGUAAUGUGAUAUCACGCGUGAAUAAGGUCGGCAAAUCCGUCGGAUUCUUCAUAACACCUGGGAAGGCCCAACUGUUUUCGAGCUGGAUCCCCGACUAGGAGAAACAAUUCCCUAGAAAUAAUGGCUGCCAGUGUCGGGAAGUAUGAAGUUUUCGAUGCUUGGGGUAAGGUUGUUGCCAAAUGGACUGAGUACGGGCGAUGUCGUCUCUCAAAUCAGCGCAGCUUGCGCAGAUUUAAAAUUAUUGGAAACAGGCUGCAGGCCCGGCGUGAUAUCUCAGUCACCACAAAGAACUUUAUGGUUUGGAUGCUAAAUCGUUCGCGUGGAAGAUGCUUGAAAUCUGGGAGUGUCUUGACCACCACUGCCUGAGAAUCGUCUUUCGGUCAGACGUGGUUAUGUAGCCGCAGCCGAGGUAAACAAACCCCAGCCGCGUGUAAUAGGGGUUUUUACUGGUGGGGCUGGAGAACGCACAGGCGACGUGGUCAAGUAAUUAUACGCACAAGGAAAGAUAUUGGCAAUGCGCGGUUGUACUUUAAGUGGUUGAGAAAUAGUUGCCGUAACCCUUAAACCUUACCCCUACCCUUGACCCUUAGCCUUAGCCCUUAACCGCAGUCCUAAACCCUAACCCUGAAACAUUCAACCCGAAAGUUAGAAGGAUACGACAAGCUGAAAGCCAAGACGGACCACCGGCAUUGGGCCAAAAAAGGUAAGCACGGCAACGAAAAAACAAGGCCGCCAACAGAACGCACACAUCAACACGCACCAACACCAUGCCAACAUAAUCACACCAACUCAAAACAAUUAAGUAGGCCAACAGUAUUGUGUCCAUCAGGUGCGGCUACGUAACCACAUCUUACUCAUCUCUAGAGUGGACUACUUUGACUUCCUCUCGAAUGAGACAAAGGGAAACUCUAACCCCUGCCCCCUUACAGGUGCGGCUACGAAGCAGGAUCUUGCCCUCAAGCAUGCUGUUUAA